CGUAGCUAUCCAAAAAUUCCACAUAACGUACUAUUUGUAUAUUUUCUUAGUUUCUUAGAAAAAUGAUGUCACAAAGUCGACUCAAAAGUCCAAAAUUUUCACCGGCCGACAUGGCCACUAUAUAUCCAUUUCCUAGUCUAGCUAUGUAUCAAAACUUUCAUUUGGUCAUUGAUCGUUCCUGAAUUCAUCGAACCAUGGCUGAAGAAAGCUCCUCUUCCAAUAGUGGUGCUUCUCAUUGCAGGUAUCAUGUGUUCUUGAGUUUCAGGGGUGAAGACACCCGCAAGACUUUCACCGACCACCUCUACACGGCCUUCAAGGAUCAAGGCUUUCGCACAUUCCGGGAUGACGAUGAACUUGAGAGAGGAGAAGAUAUCAAUCCGGGUAUUAAGAGAGCCAUUCAGCAGUCGAGAAGUUCUGUUAUUGUGUUCUCAAGUGAUUACGCUUCUUCGAGCUGGUGCCUUAACGAGCUGCUGAUGAUACUGAAACGCAAGAAGACCUCAGAUCAUGUAGUUUUGCCUGUCUUCUACGACGUUGAUCCAUCCCAAGUGAGGAAGCAGACGGGUAGUUUUGGGGAGGCAUUUUCCAGACACCAAGAGACUCACCCGUCGGAGAAGAUUAAAAAAUGGAAGCACGCACUUAAGAAAGUUGCAAAUCUUGGAGGGAUGGUCUUAAGAAACCAAGAUGACGGGUACGAGUCAAAAUUUAUUAAAACAAUCGUUAAAGAGAUAGGUGACAAGCUUAGUCGUACAGUACCACUGAGCGUUGGCUCUAAUCUGAUUGGAAUCCAUGCUCGAGCCAACAAAAUUAAUCGGUGGAUACAAGAUGAACCAGAUGGUGUCGGCAUUCAUGUAAUUUUUGGGAUGUCUGGAAUAGGGAAAACGACAGUUGCAAAACAUGUGUAUAAUUCAAACUUCAAUAGUUUCGAAGGAAGCAGCUUCAUUGAAAAUAUAGAAACCUCAGAACAAAUUAAUGGCAUAGUUAAAUUACAAAAACAGCUCCUUCAUGAUAUCUUGAAUGGAAGAGAAGUAAAGAUACGAAAUGCUAGCGAAGGAAAAAGUGCCAUAGAAGAUGCCAUUAGCUGCAAAAGAAUUCUUCUUGUUCUCGAUGAUGUGGAUCAUAUGGAUCAAUUCGAACCAUUACUUACGAUGAAAGAUCGAUUUUAUAAAGGAAGUAAGAUCAUAAUAACAACAAGGCGUGCAUGGGUAUUAAAGGCUGAAGGAAUUACUAAGGUGCAUUAUGUUCGAGCUUUGAAAGAUAAUGAAUCAUUGACGCUCUUCAGUUUGCAUGCUUUUCGACAAGAACAUCCUAUCGAAGGCUACAUGGAACAGACUGAAAAGUUUGUACGCCACUGUGCGGGGCUUCCAUUAGCUCUUCGAGUUUUGGGUUCUUCCCUAUUCGGGGAAAAUGUUGUUGUAUGGGAGAGUGCAUUAAGAAAACUAGAAUCUAUUCCGAAUGGUGAAAUCGUGCAUAAACUCAGAAUGAGCUAUGAUGCACUGGAUAAGCACGACCAGGAAGUGUUUCUCCACAUUGCUUGUUUCUUCAUUGGAAAUGAGAAAGAUUACACAGUUGAUGUACUAGAUGGAUGUGAGUUCUACACAACUAUUGGCAUCAUAAAUCUCAUUGAUAGAUGCUUGGUAGCAAUUGGAGCCAAUAACAAGCUGGUGAUGCAUGACAUGGUUCGUGAUAUGGGAAGAGGAAUUGUUCGCCUAGCAGCAGAGGAGCCUCGGAAGCGUAGUAGAUUAUGGCAUCACAAGGAAUCUUUCAAAGUACUGAAAGAAAAGAAUGGUACAAAAAAGAUUGAAGGCCUUGAAUUGGACAUGAAAGGGCACCUUGGAGUAACUACUCCUUCAAAAAAUGAGCUCAUUUUGCAAUGCAUUUACAAGGAUGAACAAACUAAGACUACUCCGGCUUAUUUAAAUCUAAGUGGGAAUCCAAUUUCUUGCCUUCCAAAUUGCGUCAAGGGUCUCACAACAUUACAAUUACUCUCUCUAGAGAACUGUUUGAGCGUCAAAUCUCUUCUAGAGCUACCAGAAGUAGGUUUCUACUUAACUGUGUCAGGUUGCGAAUCCUUGGAAAGAAUAACGUAUCAAUCAAGUAGGCCCGCGCCUAACAUGAGUGGUAGAAACUACAGCCUAGUUGACUGGGAAUACAAAUACAAGUUAGCACCCAUUCGAAGUGUUGAUGGAGAGAUUCUCAAAUUUUUAGGCUUGAGCAACCUGGACUUCGACUUGAUGCCAAACGUUCGGAUGUGCAAACCAUAUCAAGGUUACGACAUAAUUCAUCAGGGUGGAAUCCAGGGACUGCAUGAUUAUGAAGGUACGAGAUCGCGAUCCUUUAGAGGAAAUGCAAGAAAGAUAAGUAUGUUCAGCACAUUUCUUCCUUGGAAUGAAGUGCCAGGCCAAUUUAGUCAUAGAACUAAAGGUUCCUCCCCAAUAUCAUUUACCGUGCCUUUGCCUUCACUUCAUGAUCUCAGAAUCCGAGGGUUUAACAUCUUCAUUGUCUAUGCAAUUUCUAACAAUGAAGAUAAAAGAUAUUCUUCUAGUAGUGACCAAGGUUCAAUAACUAUUCAAUGUUUGGUUCUUACGAAGUUACUGUUCACGGGGUACUAUUCACGGGUACUGUUCAUGUAUUAA